AUGGAGAAAAACAACCCCAGGGGCUCGAUCCCCGCCAUCACCGGCGACAUUGACCACACUAAAGCGCUCCGGGUGUUUCCGGAACUGCUUCUCCCGUACAAGUCCACCAUCUUGGCCUACCUGACGUCGUUUCUCUCCACAACGAUAGGGUUCCCGUUUGACACGGUCAAGACGAGAAUGCAGACCUACAAACGCUUUGGCACGUACCUGGACUGUGUGCUUUCGACCUUGAGGAACGAGGGAGUCAGGGGGUUUUACAGGGGCAUCACGGCGCCGUUGAUUCUGACUUCGUUCGUGAGAUCCCUCAGUGUGACCAUCUUCACCACCAGCAAACCAUACUGCUACGAGGCGCUUUACGGAUGGCGAAACGACAAUUACGUGGGCCAUCCGUUUGUCCGUAAUUUCCCUGUUUGCUUUGCUGCCGGUGCUGCUGCCGGCUGUGGUGUAUCCAUCUUUGCUUGUCCGUUUGAGUUCACCAAGGUCUACUCACAAAUUGCCACUUUGGCGCUGAAACAGGCCACAGAAACUGCCGUGGCUCGAGCUGCGUCGCCCCACGUGGGAACAUACGAAACUUUCAAGACAAUUGUCAAACACGAGGGCUUUAUGGGGUUGUACUCCGGUUACAGGUACCAUUUGGCUCGAGACGCCUUGGGCUCGGGUGUAUACUUUGCCGUGUACGAGUCGAUCAAAUGGGCCACUAAUGCUUUAAUUAAUUCCGAUCCGCUGCAGUCGUCGCCCGUUUCUAUCAUGAUCGCUGGAGGAAUGUCUGGUGUGCUUUGUUGGGCUGCAGUGUUCCCAUUCGACACCACCAAGUCGUUGAUCCAGAAAGACAUUGUCACUAAUAUCUUGCGCAAGCAGGGAGGCGCCGAGCCGUUGCCCACGAAAUCACGGAAAAUCGUGUUUGGCACCCGGAUUUAUAGAGGCUUGGGCAUCUCCAUGCUCCGUUCCUUCCUUGUAAAUAUGGUGUUUUUCACCACCUACGAGUUUGGCAUGAAACAUCUAGCAUAG